UGCAUAUAAAAGACGGGACGUCGCGAUCGGGACGCAGUUCGUAAUCAUUUUUGUCAGAAUCUUUAAGCGACGAGAGCAGAAAUUAAUAUCAAAUCAUGAGAACAAUUGUAGUUUUUACUCUGAUUCUCACUAGGGCGCUGUGCUCUAGAUUAAGUCUUAUUUCGAAAGACUUCAAAGAUAUAGAUUACAUCGACAAACAAUUGUAUGUUACAUAUUCGGACGUCGAAAGUGUUAAUUUAGCCGGGCUUGGUAUAGAAAACAUUCCGCAGGGAAUGGUCCGGAGUAAUUCAGUAAGAUCGAUUUCUUUGCCUGAGAAUAAAAUCAGAGAAGUAGGAAGACAUAUAUUUGACGAAACGCCAAAUUUGGAAUACUUGAAUCUCGCUGGGAACAGUAUUUCGAUCGACGAUCUUGAGAUCGAACAUGAAAAUUUGAAAGUACUGAUUUUCGAUUUCCAAAAGAGUGCAGAAGUAACAGACUCGAAUUUGCUAACGAAAGAAUUGAAAAUACGUCUGCCGAACGUAGAGGUUCUAUCGUGGAAGGGGUUAAACCACGAAUUGCUUCUUUCGUGGAUGAAAUUCUUCCCGAAAAUAGCAACGGCUUAUUUAUCAGACAGCAAUUAUAUACAAAUGGUAAACACAAGUGCAAUAGCUGACAAUGCAUUUAACUUGAGAAAUUUUCACUUAGAACGAAACAUAAUUGACGAGUUUGUUAUGGACGCGCCAGGGAACAUAGAGGAGCUAUAUUUGGACGAAAAUCCUCUCAAGUAUUUUUGGAUAAAUCCAAACUAUCAAAGUUUAAAAAUUCUCUCGUUGUCGAAUUGCUUGUUGAGCGAGAUGCCCGUUAUUUUUUCGUUACAAGUGCUGGACAUUUCUCACAACGAAAUUCGUUCGGUUACAUUUGACGUGCUGCAGCACAUGCCUUUGUUAAAAUAUUUGAACUUGAACAACAAUAAAUUGACAACUCUGCCCGAAGUACAUCAUUUGAAUAAACUCGAGACAUUGUCGUUGGGUAACAACUUAAUUAGCAACAUGACGGACAUUUUCAUGACGAAUUCGUUAAAAAUGUUAAAUCUAAAAGGAAAUAAUAUCGAUAACAUCGACGUGGCUGAGUGGUGGCAACUCGACAGAUUAGAGUAUUUAGACUUAUCGCAUAACAAAUUGAACUCGUUGCCUUCGAAGUGGCAUAGAAGCAUGCCGAUGUUGAAAUAUUUAAAUUUAGAGUUUAACAAUUUUGUAAGCUUGGAAAAUGUACAGAUCCACAAUUUUGUGGAUUUGAGAGACCUGUACAUAAAAAGUAACAACAUCACGCACAUAGAUUUAAAUCAAAAUAUUGUGCGAUUGGUACCAAAACGAUGCACCGUGUAUAUGGUUUGAACAGUAUUAUACGAUUUAACAUGACACUUCAUUGUACAACGACAAUUGUAAUUAUCACAUCGAAAGUGUAUCGUAUAUUCAUAUGUCGCAUUAUUAUUUAUUAUUCAUCACUGUCAGAUUGUUGCAAUAAAUUCUAAAAGCUCAAA